UUGGUGGUAUAUUUCAGAUGCCUUCACGUUCUAAAUGUGUUGCUCUUCAGAAAAUACGUUUUUUUUCCAAGUGAUUUGGGAUUUUGUACCAGCAAGCAGGUGACAUGUUCGCUCUCUGUAAGUUUUGCACACUCUUUUGUGUGUGAGGUCAUUAAGCGUCGUCAUGGCGACUGGGAGUCGGUAACAUGAUGGCAGAACUGAGCCCUGAGGUGCCUCACCGAAAUUCCAGAACAGAUCAUCAGAGAAACGACACAGAAUGCCGCGAAGAGAAACAGCAAGGAAAUUGGAGGAUGUGGGAAUAGAUAUUGACGGCGAAGUGGAAACCGGGAGUGAGGGACACCAAACCCAAGGCCAAUGGUAGAGGAAGGCAAGCCGCGGGCAGAAGGGGCAAAAGAUGGAGAGCGAAGAUGCAGAGGAUGAUGAAGACAAAGAGGACGAAGCUCCUCGGAACAAACGAGCGGCCAACAGGAGGAAGGCGGGAAAGAAGGCCAAGGACACUGAGGACGAAAGCGAAGGGGAGUCCAAGGCAGGGGGCAGAGGGAGGAACAAGAAGGGGGGAGGGAAAAAAGGGAAGGAGGAGCAGAAGGGCAAAGGGAAAGGAAAAGACGAUGAUAAAGAGGAGCAAAAGGGCAAAAAGAAGAAAGGCAAUGGAAGCAGCUCGGACUCCAAGACCGAUUCUGAAGAGGAGGAGUCCAUGUCCGAAGGAGAGUUGGCCCGACUCACAGAGGAGGUGGAGGAGAAGAAGAAGCUCAUUGCCAACAUCAGAACCAAGCCAUGGCGGAUGAGACGCCGCCUGACAGUUCUCAAAGAGUCCCAGGAGUUUGUGGACAAAUUUGAAGGUGCUCUGGGGGGGAAAGGCAAAGGAAGGGCAUGGUUUGCCUACAAAAUGAUGAUGAAGAAGAAAUGGAUCAAGUUUCAGAAAGAUUUUGAAAAUUUCAGGACAUCCUGCAUACCAUGGGAUAGGAAGAUCAAAGAAGUGGAAAGUCACUUUGGGUCAUCGGUGGCCUCCUACUUCAUAUUCUUGCGGUGGAUGUACGGUCUGAACCUGGUGCUCUUCAGCUUAAUGUUUGGGCUUGUGGUCAUCCCCGAGGUUCUAAUGGGGCUACCAUAUGGAUCCAUUCCUCGGAAAACAGUACCUAGAGCUGAACAGCCUACGGCUAUGGAUUACUCUGUUCUUAUGGACUUCAAUGGUUACUGUGACCAAAAAGGUUGAAAAACACUGGACCGUUUUACAUCUCUAUAUAUAAAUGGGCCUCUGAAAUUCCGACUGCCACUCUCUUAUCUAUUGGUAGGGAUUGGAAUCUUCGGCUACAGCCUCAUGGUUGUCAUUAGAACAAUGGCUAAAAAUCAGGAUGUCGGCGGCGGGGAUGAUGCAGAUAAUGAGUUCACUUUCUCCUGGAAGAUGUUCACCAGCUGGGAUUACCUCAUCGGAAAUCCUGAGACAGCGGAUAACAAAUACGCCUCAGUCACCACAAGCUUCAAGGAGUCCAUCGUGGACGAGCAAGAGAACCAGAAAGAUGAGAACAUCCACCUGCGGAGGUUCCUGCGGGUGCUGGCGAACUUCAUGAUCACCUGCAUCCUGGGAGGCAGCGGCUACCUCAUCUUCUUUGCGGUCUCGCGGUCACAGGAGUUUGCCAACAGGGAUGACAUUGGGUGGUACGAGAAAAAUGAGGUUGAGAUCAUCAUGUCUUUACUGGGCCUGGUCUGCCCUCCAUUGUUUGAAACCAUUGCUGAGCUAGAGGAAUACCAUCCCCGUAUUGCCCUCAAAUGGCAACUCGGUCGCAUAUUUGCCCUCUUCCUAGGCAACCUCUACACCUUCCUCUUUGCUCUGUUUGACGAGGUCAACAACAAGCUUGAGGAGGAAGUACACAUUAAGAAUAACUCAGUUUGGUUCCUGAAGGAGUACCUAGCCAACUUCUCCAUGUACAACAACGACUCUGAGGCCACGGCUCCGCCCAUCAACCCUGCUGAUGCCAUCCGCGGACCGUGUUGGGAGACUAGCGUUGGACUUGAGUUUGUGAAGCUGACUGUUUCAGACAUCCAGGUGACCUACCUGACUAUUCUCAUAGGUGACUUCCUACGGGCCUUCAUUGUGAGGUUUCUCAACUACUGCUGGUGCUGGGACCUGGAGGCAGGAUUUCCAUCAUAUGGAGAGUUUGAUAUCAGUGGCAAUGUCCUGGGGCUGGUCUUCAAUCAAGGAAUGAUCUGGAUGGGUGCAUUUUACGCCCCUGGUUUGGUGGGCAUCAACGUCUUACGUCUGCUGAGCUCCAUGUACUACCAGUGCUGGGCUGUGAUGUGCUGUAACGUGCCCCAUGAGAGAGUCUUCAAGGCCUCCAAGUCCAACAACUUCUACAUGGGCCUCCUCCUCCUCAUUCUCUUCCUCAGCCUGCUGCCUGUAGUCUACACCAUCAUGUCUCUGCCGCCCUCCUUUGAUUGUGGUCCUUUCAGUGGUAAAGCGAAGAUGUUUGAUGUUGUCAUGGAAACAAUUGACCUGGACCUGCCGGCCUUCAUAGGGACGCUGUUUGGUUAUGUGGCAAACCCAGGGCUCAUCAUACCAGGUGUUCUGCUCAUGGUGCUUGCCAUAUAUUACCUGAACUCUGUAGCAGAAGCCUACAAGAAUGCCACCUCGGAGCUGAAAAAGAAAAUGCAGAUGGCCAGAGAUGAGGAAAAGAACAGGCGUAACAACAAGAAAAGCACCAACCAGCAACAGCAGGACCUAGAAGACCUGCUCCCAAAGCGAUCUCUGGCACCUCCCCCUCCCCCAGAGAACAACACCGAAAAAAAAGAGGAGAAAGGUGGGAGGGGGACCAGAGUGAAGCCAGGUGCUGCAGGAGGCGUUAACAUGCAGAAGGAUGUGUCACUGGCAUCAGCCAAUCCGAACGCUCGAGGGCCAGUGACCCGGGAACCUGCACCUCGGGGACCAGGGGCACUUCCGGGAAACCCACAGGAACGUGGUGAGAAAGGUCGAGGACGAGGUGCCCCAAGACAAUAAACUGCCGCAACCCCUCGCUAGUCUGCUAAUCGCUGAUCCAUGUCACUUUUUAAGGAACAGUUGAGUAACAUUGCACUUUUAAGAGGUGUAGCGUAAACACUAAUCUCCUUUUAAAAGCAAUAUAAACAGUAAAUUAAUGUGUGUUGGAAGUCUGAAAUGGUGUGAUAUGUUAAACGACUUUAGAUUUUAAUGGACAUUGUUAGUUUAAGAUAAAUUGUUGUUAUUUUCAUGUUGAAAAUUGGUAUCAUUUAAGUAGAAAUUCAAUAUGGCUGAACAUUCAUUUGAUUGUUGACUUAUUGUUGAAAACAACUCUAAUGUAUUAUUACCACUGAUUUUUUGUCCAGUUUAUUAUAAUCCUGGAAGAGCAUUAGCGCAUCUUCACUAUGGCAAAAUAAGCUAGGAUGAUCUACAAAGCAUUUAAUUGUUUAUUUUUUUUAUAUUAUGUUGUA